UACCUGUGCGGUGACGACAUCAACCUGUACGACUGUGAACUGAUGCCGAAGCUGCAGCACAUCCGUGUCGCAUCCAAGUGGUACCGUAACUUUGAGUUCCCCGGCAACCUGCCCGCGCUGUGGGGCUACAUGCGCAACGCGUACGAAACCGAGGCGUUCCGCGAGUCGUGCCCCGCAGACCAGGACAUCAUCGCCAACUACCGCGGCAAGGCGCGCACAGAGGGUCUGAAACCCGUCAACUCCAAGGAGGAGGCUCUUCAGCAACCUACCUUCUCCCUCUCCGUCCCCGAACACAACUCCUACUGAUCGCAAGAGGGCGCCGCCGCGGCUCCGCGUCGUAGAGGGAGCCACCGCGGCUCCGGAACGUUCGUAGCGGGUUUCGUGGUCGAAGACGGCGCGAGGUCAUCGUGAUGUCAUCGUCGCCACGUGCUGAUGUCAUCGGCGUCGUGCUCGGGCAGUGGUGAUGUCAUCGAUGCUGAGCACGAACAGUAGUGAUGUCAUGAGCACUGCGCGCUCACGGUGGUGAUGUCAUCAUUGCUGUGCACGAGCAGUGGUGAUGUCAUCAUUGCUGCGCACGAGCAGUGAUGAUGUCAUCAUUGCUGUGCACGAACAGUGGUGAUGUCAUCAUUGCUGUGCACGAACAGUGGUGAUGUCAUCAUUGCUGUGCACGAACAGUGGUG